AUGGCGGCAACGUACGUGGAGAUCCUGAGGAGCGAGUUUCCUGACAUCGACUCCGAAUUGUACGACUAUAUCACAGGCGUGUUAGACGGCUGCGGGGCCGAGUUCGAGGAUGGCGAGGAGGUGUUCGAGGCCGUGGGCGGCGUCCUGCAGGAGGUGUCGGCCGACAGCAAAAACGAGGACGACGUCCGACACAUCUGCCUGCGGAUGUUCAACACGCUGAGACUGAGCCGCUGUCCGUCGUCCCAGCGUCAGGUGCUGCUGGACGCGCCGGUGCAGCUUUCCCAGAUGUCCGUGGAAGCCGCUUCAGCCAACGACGACGUCCAGGGGAUCUGGAUGAUGAAGCGCUCCCAGAAUACGAUGGUGGACGCCAAGAAGCUGGAAAAGGCCGAAGCCAAGCUGAAGGCCAAACACGAGCGACGCAACGAGAAGGACGCGCAGAAGACGUCCGGCCCGCUUGUCCUGGAGGAGGCGUCGGCCAGUCAGGCAAGCAGUAAAAAAGAAGGGCGCGCCGACCACAACCGCAGCUACGACAUCCGCAUCGAGAACUUUGACGUGUCUUUCGGAGAGAGAUGUCUUCUCCAGGGCGCCGAGCUGUCGCUGGCGUCGGGGCGGCGCUACGGUCUGAUCGGCCGCAACGGUUUGGGCAAGACCACGCUGCUUAAGAUGUUGGCCAGCCGCAGUCUACGCGUCCCGCCGCACAUCUCCAUCCUCCACGUGGAGCAGGAGGUGGCGGGCGACGACACCACGGCGCUGCAGAGCGUCCUGGAGAGCGACACGCUCAGGGAGGGGCUCCUCCGAGAAGAAGGACUCCUCAACGCCCGCGUCGCCAACGGAACAGCGGAAGGAGUGGAGAGCGUUCGCCUGUCGGAAAUUUACAGCAAACUGGAAGAGAUCGAGGCCGACAAGGCCCCCGCUCGAGCUUCUAUUAUCCUGGCCGGUCUUGGAUUUUCUCCCAAAAUGCAGCAGCAGCCCACCAAAGAGUUUUCCGGCGGUUGGAGGAUGAGGUUAGCGUUAGCCAGAGCGCUCUUCGCCCGGCCUGACUUGCUGCUACUCGACGAGCCCACUAACAUGUUGGACGUCAGCGCCAUCCUGUGGCUGGAGAACUACUUGCAGACGUGGCAGUCCACCAUCUUGGUGGUGUCGCACGACCGCAACUUCCUGAACGCGGUGGUGACGGACAUCGUGCACCUGCACUCGCACCGGUUGGACACUUACCGGGGCGACUACGAGAACUUUGUCAAAACCAAAGAAGAUCGACUCAAGAACCAACAGCGAGAGUACGACGCUCAGCUGCAGUACAGGCAACAUAUACAGGUGUUUAUCGACAGGUUUCGCUACAACGCCAACAGAGCUGCUCAAGUGCAGAGCAAACUCAAAGUGCUGGAAAAACUGCCUGAGCUCAAGCCCAUCGAGAAAGAAGCAGAGGUCACUUUAAGGUUUCCGGACAACUUUGAGAAGUUGUCUCCCCCCAUCUUGCAGCUGGACGAGGUGGAGUUCUAUUACACGCCGGAGCAGCGCCUCUUCUCCGGACUCAACCUGUCGGCCGACCUGGAGUCUCGCGUCUGCAUGGUGGGUCAGAAUGGCGCCGGCAAGAGUACGGUCCUCAAGCUCCUGAUGGGCGAGCUGACGCCCGUUAGCGGAGUUCGACAAGCGCACAGGAAUCUGAAGAUCGGCUACUUCAGCCAACAUCACGUGGACCAGCUGGACCUCAACGUUUGCUCGGUGGAGCUGCUGCUCAACAAGUUCCCCGGUCGGACGGAGGAGGAGUACCGCCACCAACUGGGGGGUUACGGCAUCACGGGGGAGCUGGCCACCAGGCCCGUGGCCAGCCUAUCGGGAGGCCAGAAGAGUCGCGUGGCCUUCGCCCAGAUGACCAUGGCCCGCCCCAACUUUUACAUCCUGGACGAGCCCACCAACCACCUGGACAUGGAGACCAUCGAGGCGCUGGCCAUCGCGCUCAACAAGUUCAAAGGCGGCGUGAUCCUGGUGUCCCACGACGAGCGUCUGAUCCGGCUGGUGUGCAAAGAGCUGUGGGUGUGCGAGGGCGGGCGAGUUUGGCGCAUGGACGGCGGCUUCGACCAGUACCGCGACGCCCUCCGCGAGCAGUUCAAGAAGGAGGGCUACCUGUGA